UUGAGUCUAGUGAGGUCGUCUCCUGUAAAUAAUACAUCUUCCACAUAGCUGUAGUGGCACACUGUGUUGUUUCACUGAUUUUGCCAUGGGGAACAGAUGUAUGUGACUGUAGUUAGUGUACUGCACAGGGCGGCACUCUACUGCCAACCUGCCCGCUCAUAAGCAUAAGACUUUAGCGUGAUAACUUAGCUGGUUAGCAUUAGCUAGCCAUUUAGCUAAUCAAAGAUUAACUGGCAUUGCGGGACGAACCCUGCUCGUUUUCUGAAGCCUGUGUCUAACCGAGGGUGACAUUUGAAAUGACACGCGUCUACAGCCUUUAACCGCGGUGUCAAAGAUCGCUGGUCAGACUUACCUUGAUGUUGGACCUCUUGUCUAGCAUGCAGCCAUGAGCUCUGUCUUAUGGAGCCAGGAGAAGCCCAGUGGGGGCUUCAGGGAGGACUGGCGCUUUUACAUGGUGGUGAAGGAGUGUACAGUGGAGAAGCCUCCCCAGAAGACCCUGAGGAUCCCCCGUGGCAGUCUUGGCCAAGCCUGCCAGGAGCGCAAUAGCCUGGGACGAACACUGCCCCCCUGCAAAGGCAAGAAGAGUCUUCGCAUUCUAGACCAGACCAAUGUGGUGCUGAGUCUGGAUGAACGGGAUGUUCAGGAACUGGAUGAGAAGCUGGCUGAGUUACUGUUCCCCAUUACCAACUGUGAGGAGAGAUAUGCCUUGCUCUACAAUGAGCCACGGCUAGCACGCUGCUAUGAAAUUGACUGUGGCUCCAAGGUUCAUGUUCAGUUACGCUCUGGGGAUGAACCUCUGCCUGGUGUGGUGCGUUUCAAGGGCUCGUUGCUCCCUGACAGGGCCCUCUCUGGAAUAUGGUUUGGAGUUGAGCUGCUGGAGGAGGGCCGGGGCCAGGGCUUCACGGAGGGUUCCUACCAGGGCCGUCAACUUUUUCGCUGCGAGGAGGAAUGUGGUGUGUUUGUGGCCCUGGACAAACUUGAACUCUGGGAGGAUGAUGAUGAUGACGUAACAGGCGAGCUUGAGGUGGACCAUGUCAAUCUAGUGGAAGAGGACUUCCCUCCACUAGAGAUCAACUCUAGGGUUCUGGUGCAGACCAGGGACGGACCUGAGAGAGGCACUAUCAUUUUUUGUGACUUGCUGCCAGGAAAUGAGAGCCUGGGAUUUUAUGUUGGCGUUGACAUGGACAAUCCUAUCGGGGACUGGGAUGGUGUAAUUGACGGGAAGCUGCUGUGUAAUUUUGCCAGUUUAGAACACACUCGACUUGUCCCCAUCUGUGACGUAAUGCCAGAAUAUUCCAUGCAGGACCAAAGGCUUCCGAAGCACAGUUUUGCCCCCAGAGCCACCAACAGUGACAAAUUGUCCUCUGGCCAAAGCAAACCAAAGAGCAAAGGAAUAGGUCAUCAGUGUGGCAGUAGGAGCAAGUCUGAAUUUUACUAUACUUUAAAUGGCAGCUCUGUUGAUCCCCCAGCCCAGUCCAAAUCCAAAAGCACAUGGUACAUUGAUGAAGUUGGGGAAGACCCAGCCAAGUCACUUACUGACACGCCUCCCGACUUCAAUCAAUCCUCCCCGCCCUCCAGAGCCCCGCCCUCUGUGUCGCUGUCCAGUGACAACAAGUUCCACUCUCUGCCCUUUAGUCUGAACCGUAAAACCGGGCCCAUUGACAAUAUGAGCCAUGGGCCCCUCUCCCUCUCCGUCCAGUCCGUGAUGGGAGACCAACAUGAGCCCCCAUCGCCUGCUGCGCCUCCAUCACCACGACCUCCAACGCCUCCUCGUGGGCAGCCAGGCCUGGAGGUGGGCUCUCUGGUGGAGGUGAAGGAGAACCCUCCUCUGUGUGGUGUCAUCCGUUGGGUGGGUCUGCCUCCUGGCCUGUCGGAGCCUUUAGCUGGACUGGAGCUGGAAGAAGAGUGUCCUGGUUGCACUGAUGGCACCUUCAAAGGCACGCGGUACUUCACCUGUCCACCCAAAAAAGCCUUGUUUGUGAAGCUCAAGUGCUGCCGACCUGACUCCCGCUUCCCGUCCUUGCACCACUCCUCCAAUCCCAUAGAGAGGUGCAACUCCAUCGCAUUUGGGGGUUACCUGAGUGAAGUAGUACAUGAGAACACGCCUCCACGCACGGAACAUGAUGGUUUGGAUGUCAUGGUGGGAAAAAAGAAAGGCAUCCAGGGCCACUACAACUCUUGCUACCUGGAUUCUACCCUCUUCUGUCUUUUCUCCUUCAGCUCUGUCCUGGACACCGUUCUGCUCAGACCUAGAUCAAAGACGGAUGUAGAGUAUUACAGAGAGACUCAAGAGCUGUUACGCACAGAGAUAGUGAACCCCCUUCGCAUACAUGGGUACGUGUGUGCCACCAAAGUGAUGAAGCUUAGGAGGAUACUGGAGAAGGUAGAAGCUGCCUCUGGGUUUACAUCUGAAGAAAAAGAUCCAGAGGAGUUCCUUAAUAUUCUUUUCCAUCAUAUACUGAGGGUUGAUCCACUACUCAAGCUGAGGUCAGCAGGACAGAAGGUCCAGGACUGUUACUUUUACCAAAUUUUCAUGGACAAAAAGGACAAGGUUGGAGUUCCUACGAUUCAGCAGCUCCUGGAAUGGUCCUUCAUCAACAGUGACCUAAAGUUUGCUGAGGCUCCCUCCUGCCUUAUCAUCCAGAUGCCCCGUUUUGGCAAGGAAUUUAAAAUGUUUAACAAGAUUUUCCCUUCACUGGAGUUAGACAUCACAGACCUUCUUGAAGACACUCCAAGGGAGUGCCGAAUCUGUGGAGGCUUGGCUCUCUAUGAGUGUCGAGACUGCUACGAGGACGGGGACAUCACUGCUGGCAAGAUUAAACAGUUCUGUGAAAAGUGCAAUACGCAGGUUCACCUCCAUCCGAAGAGGAAAACCCAUCGGCAUGGCAAACUGUCUGUUCCCAAGGAGCUACAGGAAGGUAUGGGUCGUCAGGGCAGUUUUCCCCGUCAGAGGAUGGAGCUGUUUGCCGUGCUCUGCAUUGAAACCAGUCACUACGUGGCCUUCGUCAAGUAUGGCAGCGCAGAUUCUGCCUGGCUCUUCUUUGACAGCAUGGCAGACCGCGAUGGUGGGCAGAAUGGAUUCAACAUCCCCCAGGUGUCCCCCUGUCCGGAGGUUGAGGCCUACCUGAAAAUGACCCCGGAGGAGUUACACGCACUAGAUCCCAAGAGCAUCCAAGGCCAGGCCCGACGGCUGCUGUGUGAUGCCUACAUGUGCAUGUACCAGAGCCCGACCAUGAGCCUGUACAAGUAAAAAACCCUCUCCACAAACUCCUGUCUCUUCAUUCAUGGCCUCCUUCCCCCUGGGAGGAAAGACCAGAACUCUAAAAAUGAUCUAAGGGAAAAACAAGCUGUCUGCCAGCAGGGGCGCUGUUUGCAGUUAACCUAUCUGCACCCCACCUCUGCUCAGUGUUUGCUCAUCUCUGGAAGAUUGAGAGAUGGAAGAAAGGGGAAUAAGCCUAUUUGCACUGUGCAUUAGUUCAAGUGUUGUGUACUUCAUGUCGUCCCAUGUAGCUUCCCUGUGUCUCACAGCUGAGCAUUGGUGGUGGAUGAUGAUGAUGAAUCGGGCCUCAUGUAAAUUCCCUCUCUUCUCCGGGAGGAAGGGAAAGAAGAUGACGGGCGAGAGAAGGCAUGUCGGUGACAUUGUGGCUGACUGAGCGCGCAGCACGAACAAGAUGAGUUUGUGAGAGAACCUCGGCCACCUCAUAUACCUUAAUAGGAAAAUAGGAGUCCUACUAUUCUUAAUCACUGUAAAAGACUGCAGACGCCAUGUUCAGGAAGCACUUCAGCGCACAAACCCUUGUCCAGAGUGUGUACUGUCCUGCAAAACGUGUGUGGAUUCUGUUAGUAGCAUAUGUUUCUCCAGGUAGUAAAUUCACCGGUUUCGAACUGUACUCAGACCAUUCUGCUCUUUGUGAACCGCUUUGCAUAUUCCCCCAUCACACUGUGUUAAUGUCUUUACAGUAUCAGUAUACACUUUGCAGAACCAGAUGUAGCCAUUGUAAAAGUCUCACUUUUUUUACUGCAUACCAACUCAACCAAUGCUGCACUGUUGUUCUACCCCCAAGUGGACUUAUUGGAAACAUUUAGGCUUUGCUCUUAUUUUUCUCUCCCAUUGAAAGUCGCAGUGAGUGCGCAUUUGUUGGUGUGGAGACAUCAGAGUUUUGUGUUGCAGAAUACAAAUUUGCUUCUCCUCUGUAGCUGUAAAGAAUGAGCUGCAUUGCUAAUGCAGGGUAGUUGCCAGAUAAAUGCAUAAAGGGAGACUUGUACAAUGGCUCCUGUUGUAAAGCCGGUAGCCGAAGCACUCCAUGCAUUCAAAGGGUCAAUGAGGUGAAAUACAAGAAGUAAGAGUGUGGGUGACAUGAAGAAAUUCACAUGCAGUGUUUUUUUUAGUCUCUGACACACUGUGUUUAUGACUAAAUCUAAAUUAUAUUUUAUGUUUAUGAAGCCUUUUUGUAAUGGUGUGUGUGUGUGCGUGUGUGUGUGUUUUUUUUUUUCCUGUGGGUAAAGUGGAGAAAAUGAUGACUCUGGCUGCAUUUCAUGAAGAUGCGACAUGCCAUGUAUCCAGCUUUGCAUCAGAUAACUUAAGAACUGUGUUCAACUAAUAUUAUUUAUUAUAAUCUUAUCAUAUUACAAACUCGUGUUGUCCUCUUUUUUUUAAGAAAAAAAGACACAGGGUUUGAAGACACUGUAUGUUUUGGGUACUCCUCGUCCUCUUUUCACUGUAAAUUGAAGUGAGUUUGUGUAGUUUACGCUGUCUCAUAGCAACUACUGAAUGUUAAUAGUGAACAAUGGCACAGUGUAGCGUUAAUAGAGGAUGGGAAAUGAAGUGGCACAAGGCUGGUAACCUUGGGGCAAAAUGUUUAUGUAUGUAAAGACAAAAUAUUGAUUAAAAAUGAAAAGCUUGAUCUUUGAAUUCUAUUGUAUCCCAGUGUUACAGAAUACUUUAAGUACGCCAAUCAUACAGUGGAUUGAGAUAUGAAGUUGUUGGGUGUUUUUUCAUGAUAUCCCACAAAAUUGGAUACAAUCUAUCAAAUGCAGAUGUUGGUAAUAAUAGCACACAACAAUAUAUUUUUCCUAAAUCUCAUCUUAAUCUUGGAUUUAGAUGAGUGCUUAAAAUAAGUGGGAGAGAUUCAAUAAAAGACGGUCCAGGUGACAACUUCCAUUAAAUUCUGUUUGGUUUCCACUCUUCCAGGGAUUCUGACAGAGAACCUUCGUUUUGUGCACUGCUGAAGCUCGUCACUGACUGUGAGAGAAGUCUCAGAACAGGAGAACAUUGUUUUUUUUUCUUUUUCUGUUGCAUCUGUACAGUAAAGACAUACAGUAUGUAACGGGUGGAACUGUAAUGUCAGUGAUGUUCCUGUAAAUGUUAACAAAAUAAAGCCCAUUUUAAAGGCUA